AUAUUAGCAUGUACGGAUAGACGGGAGCAGCUGACAGUCAGUGAACGACGUCUUCUAGGCAGCAACGAUGUGUUCGGCUAGGAAGUGCAAAAAUCCGUGAAAACCCGUGCUUGAGCAGCGUUGAAAACCGAGCGAUUAUCGAUUCUAAUUAGGUUUGCGACAUACUCAUACGAAUAAAUAUUCUUAGAUCAAAUUAACAAUGAUGAAAUCCCCGGCCACCAUCCCCAUCAUCAUCGGGGUUUCACUGCUCAGUCUAGGCGGUGCAUACAUUUACACCGUUUUGAAAAAGAAAAAAGAAGAACUCGAUGAGUCAGCAUCCCAGCCGGAUGGAGGAGGAUUCUCCAAGAUUGCCAAAAUAGUACGGAUGAUGAGCAAAGAGGAAGUUAAGAUUAUAGAGAUAACACUAUCCAAUAAAGUAAUUCCGCUGGUAAUCGGACGAAAAGGGUACACCUUGCGCCACAUACAGGAGACUACCCACACUAACAUACAAUUUCGAGAUCUAGAUGACUCUCAUCAGAUUUGUGAGAUUCAAGGAUCAGAAGCGGGCAUCCGCGCUGCCGAAGACCUGAUCAUGAAGGAAGCUUCACGACAGAUUACCGAAACUGAAGAGAUGCUCGUUCCACAGAGUGCAUGUGGAAAAAUCAUAGGUCGUUGCGGUGAUGAGUUGCAAGAAAUUUGUCGCAAGUCCAUGGCCAAGGUAUGGAUUGAAGGAUCUCGUACGUUGGGCGAUAGUCGUCGCAUCAUGAUCACUGGAACGCCUAAGCAGAUAAGCGUUGCUAAAUCGCUUAUUGAAAAGAAAGUUAAGGAAGACGCCGACUUCAAAAGAAGCCAAGAGCACCUGGACAUCCGUCGUGAACCACGUAUUCGAACUCCGCCGAGCAGCAUCACGGCAACACCGAUCCCGAGAGAAGUGCUUCCUCCGGCUAUCGAAAAACUCAAGUCUACAGGUUCAGUCAGUCAGUUGGAAGUUUUUGUAUCCGCAGUUAUUUCACCGAGUCGUUUCUACUUGCAACUAGUCGGUCCCCAGUCAUCAGAACUAGAUGUUCUUGUAGACACUAUGACCCAGUAUUACAAUCAGCAAGACAAUCGGAACAUACACCGGAUACGUAAACCAUACCUUGGUCAAAUAGUGGCAGCCGAGUUCAACGCCGAUGGAAAGUGGUAUCGGGCUGAAGUGAUCGCCAUCUUACCGAAUGAGUUCCAACCCGGUGAAAUAGUGUUGGAUUUGUUCUUCGUUGACUACGGCGAUAAUCAAUACAUCAAACCUUCCGAUGUGUAUGAGUUGAGGCCGGACUUCCUAGCCCUUCGCUUCCAAGCAAUCGAGUGUUUUCUGGCACACGUAGAGCCUAACAACGUGAUCAGUUCAACAACGGGUGAAGAGGAGUGGGAUCCUUUGGCGAUCACCAGAUUCGAAGAGCUUACGCAUGCGGCUCAGUGGAAGAAGCUACUCUCCCGCAUAGCUACAUACAAGAAGAAAGGACAUCGUAAUAAUCAAGAAUCUCGAGAAGGUUCACCUAUUCCUGGCGUUGAGCUGUUCGAUGUCUUAGCGGAUGGUGACAACGUCAACAUUGCUCUGGAAUUGGUAACCGAGGGUCAUGCCAAGGUUACGCCCAACUUUGGUGAUCUCUGCCGGAGUCAUGUACUGCGGCUGGACGGAGGCUCACAGGCGUCUAGCUCCGAAAGACUCAAUGAACUUUCAUCAGCUUCCAACACUACCGACACAGUAUCGUCUGUAGUUACGACGAUUCAUCCCAUACGGAUGCCGCCGCAGGAGACGGCUGAGGCGGAGAAACCUAGUUCAACGACAUCACCUAGAAGGGAACCAGCACACACCAGUAGUAAUGAACCUGUCGUAUCAUCAAUUGAGACAAUCCCACAAGAGCCUAACAAAAGUCUCACUGAUCAUGAUGCAACUUCCAACGGAAGUCCCAAAGCAGAUUUUGUUUCAACUAACGAUUUCCUACAAGCUGAAAAGACGAAUUCAUCAACACUUCGAAACGAAAGUUUUAACGACGUAACAAGUAAUAGCUAUACGAAUGGUAAGCCGAAAAGCAACGGUUCAAUGAUGCGAGAUUGGAACGAACUUGUGGAAGAAGAGCAGCAAAACAAUGGUCUGAUAAAUUAGGAUUAACCAAUUUGUCCUUUUUCGUAAAUUCAAUUUUAACUAUAUUGAUACUCGCCUUUAACUGAUAGAUUUAUUAGUGUAAAUAGCUUGAUUUGGUUUCUUACUGUAUAUUGUGUUUGAAUAUAUUGAUUUCCAGUUCAUCAAAAUUGUUCUUAUUAUUAUUAAGUAGAUUUUAGUCUUGAUGAAGAUAAAAACUAUUGUACUUAUGAAAAAAGAUAUGAUGAAACAACAUAUAGCUCAUGGAAUGAAAAAAGUGAAUUAUAUUUUUAGAAGAAAAGUGUUUAAAGCAUUGUUUGAGAUGUAUUAUAGGUAUGUUAAAGACAAA